AUGCCUCACUCGCAGCAUGACGAGGAUGCCUCCGCAACAGCGGCUGGCUCCCAAAUACCGGUGACACUUGUGGCCGACGCCCUCGAGAAGCCUUCCCUUGACGAUCGCGACUACCGGGUCAUUCGACUUAACAAUGAGCUUGAGGCUCUUCUGGUACACGAUCCCGAGACCGACAAGGCCAGUGCUGCUCUUGACGUCAAUGUGGGAAACUUUAGCGACGAGUCUGAUAUCCCCGGUAUGGCCCAUGCGGUCGAACAUCUUCUUUUCAUGGGCACAAAGAAGUUCCCAAUUGAGAACGAAUAUGGUCAAUAUCUCUCCGCCAAUUCAGGAAGCUCUAAUGCUUACACCGGACCGACCUCAACAAACUAUUUUUUCGACAUUUCUGCCAAGCCAGACAAUGACCAGGAUCCUUCAGAUACCAACCCAUCUCCUCUACGUGAGGCUCUAGAUCGAUUUGCGCAGUUCUUCAUUGAGCCUCUCUUCCUUCCCGAGACUCUCGACCGAGAACUCAAGGCUGUCGACUCAGAGAACAAGAAGAAUCUUCAGAACGAUACCUGGAGACUGCACCAGCUUGAAAAGUCUCUAUCCAACCCCAACCAUCCAUUCUGCCAUUUCUCGACUGGUAAUUUCGAAGUCUUGAAGACCCUUCCAGAGGCACGUGGAAUCAAUGUCAGGGACAAGUUUAUCGAGUUCCAUGCCAAGCACUAUUCAGCGAAUCGCAUGAAGUUGGUUGUUUUAGGCAGAGAGCCGCUCGAUGUGCUCCAGAAAUGGGUUGCUGAGCUUUUCUCUCCUGUCGUUAACAAGGAACUCCCUCCUAACAGAUGGCCUGACGAGCUGCCGUUCCGAGAGUCUGACCUCGGAAUGCAAUGUUUUGCCAAGCCUGUUAUGGAUUCAAGAGAGCUGAACCUCUACUUCCCCUUCAUCGACGAGGAGUUCAUGUUCGCCACUCAGCCUAGUCGGUAUAUCAGUCAUCUGAUCGGGCACGAGGGUCCUGGCAGUAUCAUGUCGUAUAUCAAAUCCAAGGGCUGGGCAAACGGGCUCAGUGCAGGUGCCUACCCUGUAUGCCCUGGCACUCCUGGUAUUUUUGAUGUGCAAGUCCGCUUGACGGAGGAGGGUCUCAAAAACUAUCCCGAAAUUGUCAAGAUUUUCUUCCAGUACGUUACUCUUUUGCGCGAGAACCCUCCACAAGAGUGGAUCUUCCAAGAGCAGAAGGGAAUGGCAGAUGUCGACUUCAAGUUCAAGCAAAAGACACCCGCUAGCCGCUUCACGAGCCGAAUCAGCUCUGUUAUGCAGAAGCCUCUCCCGCGAGAGUGGUUGCUCAGCGGCCACAGCCGUCUCAGAGAAUUCGCUCCUGACCAGAUUGAGGAGGCUCUUUCUACCAUUCGCCCGGACAACUUCCGCAUGGUUAUUGUGUCACGAAACCACCCCGGCAACUGGGACCAGAAAGAGAAGUGGUACGGAACUGAGUACCGCCAUGAGAAGAUUCCCAACGACCUUAUGGAAGAGAUCAAGAAGGCCGCCGCAGUUUCUCCCGAGGAGCGCUUGUCGGCCCUUCAUCUACCACACAAGAACCAGUUCAUUCCUAACAAGCUUGAGGUUGAGAAGAAGGAGGUCGACGAACCCGCGCUGAACCCACGAGUGCUUCGCAACGACAACAUUGCCAGAACAUGGUGGAAAAAGGACGACACUUUCUGGGUUCCUCGCGCGAACGUGAUCGUGAGCCUGAAGACACCCCUUAUCUACGCUUCCGCCGAAAACAAUGUCAAGGCCCGUCUUUUCACAGAUCUAGUGCGUGAUGCGCUCGAGGAGUACUCCUAUGACGCAGAAUUGGCUGGUCUGCAAUAUAACGUCAGUCUCGACUCGCGUGGUUUGUUCUUGGACGUCAGUGGUUACAAUGAUAAACUUCCCGUCCUUCUGGAACAAGUUGUUACAACAAUGCGGGACCUCGAUAUCAAGGAGGAUCGUUUCGAGAUCGUCAGGGAGCGGUUAACCAGAGGAUACAACAACUGGCAGCUGCAAUCGUCCUACCAUCAAGUCGGUGAUUACACCAACUGGCUAAAUGCACCUGAGCGAGACUUUAUUGUAGAAGAGCUUGCGGAUGAGCUGUCGAGUGUCACGUUGGAAGGUGUCAGGCUGUUCCAGAAGCAAAUGCUGAGCCAGGUUUUCAUUGAGGUGUAUGUUCAUGGCAACAUGUACAAGGAGGAUGCUCUCAAGGCAACCGAUAUGGUUGAAUCUAUUCUAAAGCCCCGGGUGUUGCCCGAGGCUCAGUGGCCCAUCCUGCGAUCUCUUAUUCUAACAGAGGGCUCAAACCACGUCUUCAGGAAGACACUCAUGGAUCCAGCCAACGUCAAUCAUUGCGUCGAGACCUGGUUCUAUGUUGGCAGCAGGGAAGACCGUGAGGUGCGCACAAAGACCCUGCUCCUAGACCAGAUGCUUCACGAGCCUGCCUUCGACCAGCUGAGAACCAAGGAACAACUGGGUUACAUCGUCUUCAGCGGACCUCGAGCUUUCUCGACGACAUAUGGUUUCCGAUUCCUCAUCCAGAGCGAAAUGACGCCAGAGUUCCUUGAUUCCCGCAUCGAGGCCUUCCUCAUGAGAUAUGCAGACACUUUAGAGAAGAUGAGCGACACAGAGUUCGAAGGUCACAAGCGAAGCUUGAUUGUCAGGCGGCUGGAGAAGCUCAGAAACUUAGAUCAGGAGUCCACCCGUCACUGGUCUCAGAUCACAAACGAAUACUACGACUUUGAGCUCGCCCAACGCGAUGCUGCACAAAUCAAGUUGCUGACCAAGCCUGAGGUCGUGGAGUUUUUCAACAAGCACCUCAACCCCACGUCAACUCGUAGGGCACGUUUGUCGAUUCAUCUACAAGCCCAAGGCAAAGCCGAUGGUGUCGAUAAGCGACAGGAGGAGGCACAGAAGAAGGCCGACGAGGAGCCAUCUGCCGGAGAUGCUGUGAAGACUGCUCAGGAGGUUACAGAUGUCAGAUUGUACAAAGCCGGUCUCACUGCCAGUUCAGGCGCCAGACCUGUAAAGGACAUCAGUGAGUAUGCGGAUACUGAUGCCAAGCUUCCCAUUUUCGAACAGAGUAAAUGCAACAAAAUCCCUGUUGUUACUCGUACCCUCGCUACGAACGGUCGUCGUUUCCAACGGUUUCUGUCCCCCUCCGUCACCGUCAAAGGCAGAGACAAGGACAAGGACAAAGAGGAAGACGCCCCGUCUUUCCUCUCCGCCCCUCUAGCUUCAACACCCCGAGCUGCCCGGGCAGCUCGCCUUCAAGACGUCGUCCUCAAAGAAGAGAAAGCUCUUGCGAAAGGACGAGCCCUCGACGACGAUCCCGCCUUCUCCUUCUCCGCCUCCGUGGCCGAUACUCAACCUGCCUCGAGCCUCCCUCCACGUCUCCAGACUCAGAACAGCUCUUUUGUCUCGGCCGACUACGCUUCAUCAGCUGCUUCAAGCCCUUGUGCUUCUGCCUACGCCGACCUCUCCAUCGAAAGUGACCGUGGCGGCGACGAGACUGGCUCGGCCCGAACCUUGGCCAGAAGCCAGUCUCCCUUGCGUCUCUCUCACCGAGCUAUCAUGAACGGCGAUGCUGACCUACCUCAACGUUCCUCGUCACCUUUGAAACGACGUGCUUCCAGUAUGGAUCCCGAGAACGAAGCGGAUAAAACCCGAGAUGUCGACAUGGGUUCAUCGCAGGUUAACGAGUCUGUCGAGGGCCCAUCUCAACCAUCAUCUGCAGACACCUUGCCUCGAGCCAUGAGUGUCGAUGCACCUGAGCCUGCCGUGUCCUCGGCAGAUGAUGCUUCGCCGUCUCAACCAAUCCCCUCUUUGCAAGAACAAAUUAAGAUCAUUGAGACUCUUUUGAAAGCCUUUCAGGAUUCACAGCCAAAGGAAGGGGACAAGGCCUGCCUUGUAUCGAAUACCUGGGUCCAGAAAGCGCUUGCGUUGCGCGGCGACUCAAAGGAUACCCAUGAGCACGAUUCUACAUCAAACCCCCUUGGUCCUGUAGACAACUCGGACAUCAUUGAAGAAAUUGUCAAAGAGCCUACUGGCAAUGAAUUCAUUCGUCUUAAGCAAGGAACCAACGAGAACGAGUUCACGCUCUUCCCUGAGGAUGCUUGGAAGAUGGUUGUAGAUUGGUAUGGUGUAAAGGAUGGCCAAGGCGCUAUUGUUCGAACUGCCAUCAACACAGCCGGACACGGCGACGACCCUGUCAUCCAGUUCGAGUUUCACCCUCCAGUUUUCACAGUCCAUCGCCUGUGGUCAACUCUGAGUCCACUGCCCAUCGAGCAGUCACUCAAAGCCAAGAACCCCCCUCCUUACAAAUUUGCCAGAAGCCGUAACUACCAUGCUCAAACUUUCGUCAAGGAGUUGAAGACGGCCACUGACGUCCCGAUUGACCGGAAGAUUCGUUUAUUCACCGUGCCCGAGGUUCAGCAGAUUGUCCGUCCCUCAGAACCAUCCCGAGCACUCACCCCUCCGGAUUCCCCAGGCCGAGAUGAGAGCAGAGGUGAGAGUACGGAUUCUUGGUCAAAACUUCUCUUGGACAUCGCUUCAUUCGAGCAUGUUCGUGAUACCAAGAUGCAAAGUACCCUGGAAGACAAGACCAUCCAACCGAACUUUAAUGGUGGAUCGGCGUUGUCUAUGUUUAAUCUGGUCACCGACCAAACUCUUGUUAUUGAUGAGGCGAUCGAAAAGGGAUCCUGGGUCAGCACAUACAGUGGAAAGAGCCCACCGAAUGGGUUGGCCAUCCCUACCAGAAGCGGCAUGGCAUCCUCCAAUGUGAGCGGCCGAAGCAGUCCUGCGCCUGGUGGUGCACUGGCACGCGGACGAAUGGGAAGGAAAUCCGGCCGUAACAUUGGUGUUGUUGGCCUGCAGAACCUGGGAAAUACAUGCUACAUGAACUCAGCCCUCCAGUGCGUUCGGAGCGUCGAGGAGUUAACAAAGUACUUCCUGACUGAUGAGUUUGUCGAGGAGGUCAACAAGACCAACCCUCUAGGAUACAAUGGCAAGGUUGCCACAACGUAUGGACAAUUGCUCAAGGAGAUAUACUCGGAAAAUAGGGGCUCUGUGACUCCACGAGAUUUCAAGAACACCAUUGGUCGGUGCCGGUCAACCUUCUCUGGCUACGGCCAACAGGACUCUCAGGAAUUUCUUGGAUUUCUGUUGGAUGCACUCCAAGAAGAUCUGAGUCGUGUCAAGAAAAAGCCUUAUAUUGAGAAGCCGGACUCCACCGACGACAUGAUCAACAACCCAGAAGCUAUAAAGGAGAUGGCGGAUAAGGUGUGGGAUAUCACUCGACGCCGAGACGACUCUGUCAUCGCUGACCUCUUCACGGGUUUGUACAAAUCAACACUUAAAUGCCCUGAGUGUGGCAAGAUCAGUAUCACAUUCGACCCUUUCAACAACUUGACACUCCCCAUACCUGUUGAAGACGUUUGGACUGCCAAGAUCAAGUUCCUGCCCCUCAAUGAUGCCCCGGUCAUGAUCGAGGUUGAACUGCCUAAACACAGCGCUAUUGAGCAACUCAAGCAAUUUGUCUCCAUCCGAACAGGUAUUCCACCGGAAAGACUGAUUGGCGGCGAAGAGUACAAGGACAGGUUCUUCAAAAUCUACGAUAACACCAACGAUGUUAGCGAAGAGAUCAGUAAGAACGAUAUCGCCACGUUCCACGAAUUGGACGCCACUCCUACUAAUUGGCCACACAAGGCCAAGAAGCCUCGUUCAAUGUUAGAUGUGGACACUCCCCUUGAGACUGAGAAUUGGGAUGACCCGCGAUAUGAGCAGAUGGUGGUACCUGUAUAUCAUCGCAUUCCGUCAAAUUAUGCGCGUGGUCGGGAUGGUGUGGCCCCUCCCAGCUUCAUUUGCUUCACAAAGGAGGAAGCUUCUGAUAUCGACCUCAUUCGACGCAAGGUCCUGGAAAAGGUCGCUACCUUUUCAACCUGGUCCAAGCUAAGAGAUGUUACAGAAGAAACCUCGGACAAUGCCGACGGGGAAGUCGUUACUUCGGCUUCGGAUGCCGACUCGUCAGGCGACAGCAAGGUUGUCGCCACCUCGGUUGAAGGUGAGGACGAUAUCGUGGAUGUGCACAUGAAGGACGACAGCGACCCUCUUCCCCAUCAGCCCCAGAUCUUGAAGAGAUUCAAUACAAACCGGUCAAAGUUCAUCAAGCCAGAUAGCUUCCUGGACCCUGAGCUUGAAAACCUUUUCGAGCUUUGCUAUUUCACAGACAAAUCUUACGCUGGUCAUGUACCUACAGGCUGGUCUAAUGUUGAUCAUAAUCAAGUACUGCCCAAGCUGGCAGAUCGAAUCCCUCAGCCUACACCCGAAGGUGAUGAUGCUGCUAGUCGUGAUGACGAAAGCAGCACACCUUCGGUCAACGAGGAUGCGAGCAGCACUGAUGAGAGCAUCAAAGCUGAUGCAACACAGACCAGAAUGGCUGAGGAAUCUAGCGAAGAAGACGUUCAAGAAGCGCCACGCAAAUUCAACGCCCGGCCAUCCAAGAUAGGACCUCAUGGACGACGUGGCAAGAUCAAGGGCCAGAAAUACGGCAAGAAGGCCGGCAACAAGCGCCGAGAACGCAUUCAGAACAAGAAAAAUAAGGCAGCUUCUGUUAAGCCGCAGCCACAACCUCCCGCUGUCGCUGAUGGUGGCCCUCUUAUUCGUCUUGGCGAAGGCCUCGUCGUGGAUUGGAACGAUGAAGCCUGGGAUAAGGUCUUUGGUGGCUCUUUGAAGACGUCCGAAGAGCAAGGAGCCCCCACUUACCUGACACUCGAGACACUCAACGACACGGCCCUCAAGAUUGUGCAAAGAAGGAGGAAGCAUCGCCGCACUCAAGGUAUCACACUUGAUGAGUGCUUGGACGAAUUCGAAAGAGCUGAGGUCCUCUCUGAGCAAGACAUGUGGUACUGCCCCCGCUGUAAGGAGCAUCGACGAGCCAGCAAGAAGUUUGAUUUAUGGAAAUCACCAGAUAUUCUUGUAGCCCAUCUCAAGCGAUUCAGCAGCUCUGGCUACCGCCGAGAUAAGCUGGAUGUCAUGGUCGACUUCCCCAUCGAAGGUCUUGACCUUACUUCCAGGGUCAUCCAGAAAGAAGAUGGCAAGGACGAGAUUUAUGACCUGAUUGCUGUCGAUGACCACUAUGGAGGUCUCGGGGGAGGUCACUACACUGCCUAUGCCAAGAACUUUGUUGAUGGGCGCUGGUACAAUUACAACGAUUCUUCAGCAUCUCCAGUAUCGGACCCUGCAUCGUGUAUCACCUCGGCUGCUUAUCUGCUCUUCUACCGCCGCCGUUCAAGCACUCCUUUGGGAGGAUCCCGGUUCGGAGUCAUCUCCGAGAAGUAUAGGAACAGCGAAGAGAACUCCGAAGUGGAAGAUGCUGAGGCGGGGGAAGGUCAACGUCUCGGCGAGGGUUCCUCCCUGGCUGGGUUGUCGAGCGUUGGGAUCGCAGCCGCAGCAACUCGCCUUCCGGCCGACCGUGGCUCGGAUAGAAUCACAGUUACUUCCUACCCUGGUCCAGAUGACGAUGAUGAUGAUCCCCCACCAUAUGGAGGUGUCGAGGAUGAAGGUGUCGAUGUCAAAGAGGGAUAUCAACAACUGAGCAGCGGACACCUUGCUCAGAGUUGGAAUUUCGGGGCACUAGGUGAUAGCGGCGCCGAGGACUCUACAGGUGCAGAUAUUGCCUCUGACGAUGCUCAGUUGGACUCAUCAGCGGACGAGCGUGGCUUCAGUCAAUUCGAUGAACCUGAUAUGGGACACGAUCUCAUGGAUGUUGACCAUGCAACUUCAACAUCUCACGGGACGACUCUCGCAGAUAUUGAGAAAGCUACUGUUGACCACAAAUCUGUGAUUGACGUACCAACUGCAGCGGGUAGCGAUCGAGAUUCAAGCGAAGUGGCCGAAAUUCAUCUUGAAAGCGAGAAGGGAACCAAGGCCGAAUAG